AUGGCUCGAGUUGGCUCGUACGAGCAUGUGCCUCCUUGUAUAGGCAUGGCGCAUGCAGGCUCAGCCCGUGCGGCAAAGGCGCAAUAUGUUGACUGCUUGCUCUCGCGCAUAGACUUGCCAGUGCGGCAUCGUGCCAAUCGCGUUCUCCCCGGCGCUGCUGUCGACAUAAAGAACGCUAGAAGACGGGCUAAGCGGCCUGGAAGACGGCCACUCAAGCGUCGUCCAAGUUUCCGCGCGCGCGCUCACUUCUCUGCGCAUGGAGGCAGCUGGGUAGUUCGUGGUCCGAGUGGGCGGAGCCGCGGCAACACCGCUUACUGCGGCCACACCUCUCUCCACCGCAGGGCGAAUCGUGAGCGGUACCUGCAAGGUCUCGUCUGCGAAAGGUCUUGCUCUGCUGCUGCUACGUCAGGUUCGAAUCUCUCCAGGGCCCUGCAAAGCUUAGCACUGAGAGCAGAGACAUGGAGUGGGGGGGAAGAGGCCAAACGACGGACAUGUCACGGCUAG